UCUAUCCUUAUAGCGCCAUGUCGAACGAGGAGCGGACUUUCAUUGCCAUCAAGCCAGAUGGAGUUCAGAGGAGGCUUGUUGGAGAAAUCAUAAAGAGAUUUGAACUAAAGGGCUUCAAAAUGGUGGGGAUGAAAUUUGUCCAGGUACGUUAUUCUACUUACUGGAAUCUCUGUUAUUGUAUUUUAUAUGUAGGCUGUAGUCCUAUGUACUUUCAGUGCAUUAUUAGACAAAAUGGGAUAGCCAAUAAGUAGGACUGAAUGGAGGCCUGUCUGUUAUGUAAACAGGCUAUCUGACAGCAUUUCUAAAUAAGCACACAAAUCAUCUAAGCAACUGCCAAUACACAAUACACAUUCAUUGGACAUAUAGUACAGUACAGUAGGGCUUCAUUUAGUCCUUGAGGUAGGUCCUAGUGAGCAGAUUAGCUUGCUGGCUUUUCUUAACCACAUGUAUGUUUAGCAUAGGUCUCCUGAUCCUGUCUGUGUUGGUCUGUGGCCAAGAGGGCUGCCUGUGACUUAUGAACCCAGGGAUCAGAAGGGCCCACCGAUAAUAGUCACUGUUUACAGGGGGCUAUUCAAGGGUUAAACACAUUUACCUAGUUAUAAACUCUAGUGACUUCCUGUGAUUGAUGCUAUAUACACUAUAGCAUAGUGUAUCCAGAUAUAGGCUAUAGCUUUACGAAACCCUUGUUGUUGAGACAUGACUGUUGCAGGAUCCUUUACUCCACAGGAGGUUGGUGGCACCUUAAUUGGGGAGGAUGGGCUCGUGGUAAUGGAUGGAGCGGAAUAGGUGGAAUGGUAUCAAAUACAUCAAACACAUGGUUUCCAUGGUUUCCAUGUGUUUGAUACAAUUCCAUUUACUCCAUUCCAGCCAUUAUUACGAACCGUCCUCCCCUCAGCAGCCUCCACUGCUUUACUCCUGCUAUUCUACUACAGGUGUUCAACAUAGUUCGCUGUACUUUGCUGUGAUCUGCCUCUUGUGUGUCUAUGGUUAUGAUGGAUUAUUGAUGAUUUAUUCAUGGUUCUGACUGCCUGUUGUGUUGUGUCUGAUUAACCCAGGCCCCGGAGUCUCUGCUGAGGGAGCACUACGCUGACCUCCAGGACAGACCUUUCUUCCCAGGCCUCGUCAGCUACAUGACCUCAGGACCAGUGGUGGCCAUGGUAGGACAGACUUUCCUUGUUGUGUUCAUUUACAAGUGGUGCAAUGGUCUAGUUUCUCCUACAAGAACACAGAAAAGCCUGCACCCUGUAAUGCUGCUAAUACCAUUUCAGCAUGCAUGCAUUCACUACCUGUACCACUGUCAGAUUAUGGCUUUGAGCCGCCAGGCGUCAACAUAUUCAGAUUAGUACUUGUAUUUUGAAAUGUUUUUGACCGCUGCACAUAGAAAUGGAAGAUCAUAAAGAAUACUGGGUUAUUAUAUUAAAGCUGAUCUAUCCUCAAAAAAUAAAUAAAUAAAGAAUACUGGGUUAGUAAAGUGUUAUCCCUCUGUGUGUGGGUGGCAGGUGUGGGAAGGGUUCAACGUGGUGAAGACAGGCAGGGUGAUGCUGGGAGAGACCAACCCUGCAGACUCUAAACCCGGCACCAUCCGAGGGGACUACUGCAUCCAAGUGGGCAGGUGAGAAUUCAUCGCACCACACGACUGCACAUGAUACAACAAGAAAAGAAAGCUGUGUUUAGUUACACACACAACAGAUAACACACAAAAGCAUUUACCAAGUAAACUUGUGUUGAUUUUUUAAAAACCUCUACAGCGGUGAUCAUUGACAUCACUUGGACAACUCCAGUGCUUGUUAACUCUAUCCAGAGACACUAAUGCUUCAUUGACCCAUCGUUAUACCAUUAUAUGCUAAGUCUCCAUCUUUCUUCCCUUGUUGUUUUCAGGAACAUCAUCCAUGGCAGUGACUCAGUAGAGAGUGCCAACACAGAGAUCAACCUGUGGUUCAAACCUGAGGAGCUGUGCAGCUACACUAGCUGCUCUACCAGCUGGCUCUACUGAUCUAGGAUCAGUUUACCAUCCACAAACCCUAACCUUUAGGACUAGGAGGGGGAAUGUAAAACUGACCUUAGAUCAG